AUGCAGCUAGGAGGCCAUGCCCAUCCGCAUGCCCAUAUCCAUGCCUCAUGCCCAUCCGCAUGCCCAUAUCCAUGCCUCAUGCCCAUCCGCAUGUCCAUAUCCAUGCCUCAUGCCCAUCCGCAUGCCCAUAUCCAUGCCUCAUGCCCAUCCGCAUGCCCAUAUCCAUGCCUCAUGCCCAUCCGCAUGCCCAUAUCCAUGCCUCAUGCCCAUCCGCAUGCCCAUAUCCAUGCCUCAUGCCCAUCCGCAUGCCCAUAUCCAUGCCUCAUGCCCAUCCGCAUGCCCAUAUCCAUGCCUCAUGCCCAUCCGCAUGCCCAUAUCCAUGCCUCAUGCCCAUCCGCAUGCCCAUAUCCAUGCCUCAUGCCCAUCCGCAUGCCCAUAUCCAUGCCUCAUGCCCAUCCGCAUGCCCAUAUCCAUGCCUCAUGCCCAUCCGCAUGCCCAUAUCCAUGCCUCAUGCCCAUCCGCAUGCCCAUAUCCAUGCCUCAUGCCCAUCCGCAUGCCCAUAUCCAUGCCUCAUGCCCAUCCGCAUGCCCAUAUCCAUGCCUCAUGCCCAUCCGCAUGCCCAUAUCCAUGCCUCAUGCCUAUCCGCAUGCCCAUAUCCAUGCCUCAUGCCUAUCCGCAUGCCCAUAUCCAUGCCUCAUGCCUAUCCGCAUGCCCAUAUCCAUGCCUCAUGCCUAUCCGCAUGCCCAUAUCCAUGCCUCAUGCCUAUCCGCAUGCCCAUAUCCAUGCCUCAUGCCUAUCCGCAUGCCCAUAUCCAUGCCUCAUGCCUAUCCGCAUGCCCAUAUCCAUGCCUCAUGCCCAUCCGCAUGCCCAUAUCCAUGCCUCAUGCCCAUCCGCAUGCCCAUAUCCAUGCCUCAUGCCUAUCCGCAUGCCCAUAUCCAUGCCUCAUGCCUAUCCGCAUGCCCAUAUCCAUGCCUCAUGCCUAUCCGCAUGCCCAUAUCCAUGCCUCAUGCCCAUCCGCAUGCCCAUAUCCAUGCCUCAUGCCCAUCCGCAUGCCCAUAUCCAUGCCUCAUGCCCAUCCGCAUGCCCAUAUCCAUGCCUCAUGCCCAUCCGCAUGCCCAUAUCCAUGCCUCAUGCCCAUCCGCAUGCCCAUAUCCAUGCCUCAUGCCCAUCCGCAUGCCCAUAUCCAUGCCUCAUGCCCAUCCGCAUGCCCAUAUCCAUGCCUCAUGCCUAUCCGCAUGCCCAUAUCCAUGCCUCAUGCCCAUCCGCAUGCCCAUAUCCAUGCCUCAUGCCCAUCCGCAUGCCCAUAUCCAUGCCUCAUGCCCAUCCGCAUGCCCAUAUCCAUGCCUCAUGCCCAUCCGCAUGCCCAUAUCCAUGCCUCAUGCCCAUCCGCAUGCCCAUAUCCAUGCCUCAUGCCCAUCCGCAUGCCCAUAUCCAUGCCUCAUGCCCAUCCGCAUGCCCAUAUCCAUGCCUCAUGCCCAUCCGCAUGCCCAUAUCCAUGCCUCAUGCCCAUCCGCAUGCCCAUAUCCAUGCCUCAUGCCCAUCCGCAUGCCCAUAUCCAUGCCUCAUGCCUAUCCGCAUGCCCAUAUCCAUGCCUCAUGCCUAUCCGCAUGCCCAUAUCCAUGCCUCAUGCCUAUCCGCAUGCCCAUAUCCAUGCCUCAUGCCUAUCCGCAUGCCCAUAUCCAUGCCUCAUGCCUAUCCGCAUGCCCAUAUCCAUGCCUCAUGCCCAUCCGCAUGCCCAUAUCCAUGCCUCAUGCCUAUCCGCAUGCCCAUAUCCAUGCCUCAUGCCCAUCCGCAUGCCCAUAUCCAUGCCUCAUGCCCAUCCGCAUGCCCAUAUCCAUGCCUCAUGCCCAUCCGCAUGCCCAUAUCCAUGCCUCAUGCCCAUCCGCAUGCCCAUAUCCAUGCCUCAUGCCCAUCCGCAUGCCCAUAUCCAUGCCUCAUGCCCAUCCGCAUGCCCAUAUCCAUGCCUCAUGCCCAUCCGCAUGCCCAUAUCCAUGCCUCAUGCCCAUCCGCAUGCCCAUAUCCAUGCCUCAUGCCCAUCCGCAUGCCCAUAUCCAUGCCUCAUGCCUAUCCGCAUGCCCAUAUCCAUGCCUCAUGCCUAUCCGCAUGCCCAUAUCCAUGCCUCAUGCCUAUCCGCAUGCCCAUAUCCAUGCCUCAUGCCUAUCCGCAUGCCCAUAUCCAUGCCUCAUGCCCAUCCGCAUGCCCAUAUCCAUGCCUCAUGCCCAUCCGCAUGCCCAUAUCCAUGCCUCAUGCCCAUCCGCAUGCCCAUAUCCAUGCCUCAUGCCCAUCCGCAUGCCCAUAUCCAUGCCUCAUGCCCAUCCGCAUGCCCAUAUCCAUGCCUCAUGCCCAUCCGCAUGCCCAUAUCCAUGCCUCAUGCCCAUCCGCAUGCCCAUAUCCAUGCCUCAUGCCUAUCCGCAUGCCCAUAUCCAUGCCUCAUGCCCAUCCGCAUGCCCAUAUCCAUGCCUCAUGCCCAUCCGCAUGCCCAUAUCCAUGCCUCAUGCCCAUCCGCAUGCCCAUAUCCAUGCCUCAUGCCCAUCCGCAUGCCCAUAUCCAUGCCUCAUGCCCAUCCGCAUGCCCAUAUCCAUGCCUCAUGCCCAUCCGCAUGCCCAUAUCCAUGCCUCAUGCCCAUCCGCAUGCCCAUAUCCAUGCCUCAUGCCCAUCCGCAUGCCCAUAUCCAUGCCUCAUGCCCAUCCGCAUGCCCAUAUCCAUGCCUCAUGCCCAUCCGCAUGCCCAUAUCCAUGCCUCAUGCCCAUCCGCAUGCCCAUAUCCAUGCCUCAUGCCCAUCCGCAUGCCCAUAUCCAUGCCUCAUGCCCAUCCGCAUGCCCAUAUCCAUGCCUCAUGCCCAUCCGCAUGCCCAUAUCCAUGCCUCAUGCCCAUCCGCAUGCCCAUAUCCAUGCCUCAUGCCCAUCCGCAUGCCCAUAUCCAUGCCUCAUGCCCAUCCGCAUGCCCAUAUCCAUGCCUCAUGCCCAUCCGCAUGCCCAUAUCCAUGCCUCAUGCCCAUCCGCAUGCCCAUAUCCAUGCCUCAUGCCCAUCCGCAUGCCCAUAUCCAUGCCUCAUGCCCAUCCGCAUGCCCAUAUCCAUGCCUCAUGCCCAUCCGCAUGCCCAUAUCCAUGCCUCAUGCCCAUCCGCAUGCCCAUAUCCAUGCCUCAUGCCCAUCCGCAUGCCCAUAUCCAUGCCUCAUGCCCAUCCGCAUGCCCAUAUCCAUGCCUCAUGCCCAUCCGCAUGCCCAUAUCCAUGCCUCAUGCCCAUCCGCAUGCCCAUAUCCAUGCCUCAUGCCCAUCCGCAUGCCCAUAUCCAUGCCUCAUGCCCAUCCGCAUGCCCAUAUCCAUGCCUCAUGCCCAUCCGCAUGCCCAUAUCCAUGCCUCAUGCCCAUCCGCAUGCCCAUAUCCAUGCCUCAUGCCCAUCCGCAUGCCCAUAUCCAUGCCUCAUGCCCAUCCGCAUGCCCAUAUCCAUGCCUCAUGCCCAUCCGCAUGCCCAUAUCCAUGCCUCAUGCCCAUCCGCAUGCCCAUAUCCAUGCCUCAUGCCCAUCCGCAUGCCCAUAUCCAUGCCUCAUGCCCAUCCGCAUGCCCAUAUCCAUGCCUCAUGCCCAUCCGCAUGCCCAUAUCCAUGCCUCAUGCCCAUCCGCAUGCCCAUAUCCAUGCCUCAUGCCCAUCCGCAUGCCCAUAUCCAUGCCUCAUGCCCAUCCGCAUGCCCAUAUCCAUGCCUCAUGCCCAUCCGCAUGCCCAUAUCCAUGCCUCAUGCCCAUCCGCAUGCCCAUAUCCAUGCCUCAUGCCCAUCCGCAUGCCCAUAUCCAUGCCUCAUGCCCAUCCGCAUGCCCAUAUCCAUGCCUCAUGCCCAUCCGCAUGCCCAUAUCCAUGCCUCAUGCCCAUCCGCAUGCCCAUAUCCAUGCCUCAUGCCCAUCCGCAUGCCCAUAUCCAUGCCUCAUGCCCAUCCGCAUGCCCAUAUCCAUGCCUCAUGCCCAUCCGCAUGCCCAUAUCCAUGCCUCAUGCCCAUCCGCAUGCCCAUAUCCAUGCCUCAUGCCCAUCCGCAUGCCCAUAUCCAUGCCUCAUGCCCAUCCGCAUGCCCAUAUCCAUGCCUCAUGCCCAUCCGCAUGCCCAUAUCCAUGCCUCAUGCCCAUCCGCAUGCCCAUAUCCAUGCCUCAUGCCCAUCCGCAUGCCCAUAUCCAUGCCUCAUGCCCAUCCGCAUGCCCAUAUCCAUGCCUCAUGCCCAUCCGCAUGCCCAUAUCCAUGCCUCAUGCCCAUCCGCAUGCCCAUAUCCAUGCCUCAUGCCCAUCCGCAUGCCCAUAUCCAUGCCUCAUGCCCAUCCGCAUGCCCAUAUCCAUGCCUCAUGCCCAUCCGCAUGCCCAUAUCCAUGCCUCAUGCCCAUCCGCAUGCCCAUAUCCAUGCCUCAUGCCCAUCCGCAUGCCCAUAUCCAUGCCUCAUGCCCAUCCGCAUGCCCAUAUCCAUGCCUCAUGCCCAUCCGCAUGCCCAUAUCCAUGCCUCAUGCCCAUCCGCAUGCCCAUAUCCAUGCCUCAUGCCCAUCCGCAUGCCCAUAUCCAUGCCUCAUGCCCAUCCGCAUGCCCAUAUCCAUGCCUCAUGCCCAUCCGCAUGCCCAUAUCCAUGCCUCAUGCCCAUCCGCAUGCCCAUAUCCAUGCCUCAUGCCCAUCCGCAUGCCCAUAUCCAUGCCUCAUGCCCAUCCGCAUGCCCAUAUCCAUGCCUCAUGCCCAUCCGCAUGCCCAUAUCCAUGCCUCAUGCCCAUCCGCAUGCCCAUAUCCAUGCCUCAUGCCCAUCCGCAUGCCCAUAUCCAUGCCUCAUGCCCAUCCGCAUGCCCAUAUCCAUGCCUCAUGCCCAUCCGCAUGCCCAUAUCCAUGCCUCAUGCCCAUCCGCAUGCCCAUAUCCAUGCCUCAUGCCCAUCCGCAUGCCCAUAUCCAUGCCUCAUGCCCAUCCGCAUGCCCAUAUCCAUGCCUCAUGCCCAUCCGCAUGCCCAUAUCCAUGCCUCAUGCCCAUCCGCAUGCCCAUAUCCAUGCCUCAUGCCCAUCCGCAUGCCCAUAUCCAUGCCUCAUGCCCAUCCGCAUGCCCAUAUCCAUGCCUCAUGCCCAUCCGCAUGCCCAUAUCCAUGCCUCAUGCCCAUCCGCAUGCCCAUAUCCAUGCCUCAUGCCCAUCCGCAUGCCCAUAUCCAUGCCUCAUGCCCAUCCGCAUGCCCAUAUCCAUGCCUCAUGCCCAUCCGCAUGCCCAUAUCCAUGCCUCAUGCCCAUCCGCAUGCCCAUAUCCAUGCCUCAUGCCCAUCCGCAUGCCCAUAUCCAUGCCUCAUGCCCAUCCGCAUGCCCAUAUCCAUGCCUCAUGCCCAUCCGCAUGCCCAUAUCCAUGCCUCAUGCCCAUCCGCAUGCCCAUAUCCAUGCCUCAUGCCCAUCCGCAUGCCCAUAUCCAUGCCUCAUGCCCAUCCGCAUGCCCAUAUCCAUGCCUCAUGCCCAUCCGCAUGCCCAUAUCCAUGCCUCAUGCCCAUCCGCAUGCCCAUAUCCAUGCCUCAUGCCCAUCCGCAUGCCCAUAUCCAUGCCUCAUGCCCAUCCGCAUGCCCAUAUCCAUGCCUCAUGCCCAUCCGCAUGCCCAUAUCCAUGCCUCAUGCCCAUCCGCAUGCCCAUAUCCAUGCCUCAUGCCCAUCCGCAUGCCCAUAUCCAUGCCUCAUGCCCAUCCGCAUGCCCAUAUCCAUGCCUCAUGCCCAUCCGCAUGCCCAUAUCCAUGCCUCAUGCCCAUCCGCAUGCCCAUAUCCAUGCCUCAUGCCCAUCCGCAUGCCCAUAUCCAUGCCUCAUGCCCAUCCGCAUGCCCAUAUCCAUGCCUCAUGCCCAUCCGCAUGCCCAUAUCCAUGCCUCAUGCCCAUCCGCAUGCCCAUAUCCAUGCCUCAUGCCCAUCCGCAUGCCCAUAUCCAUGCCUCAUGCCCAUCCGCAUGCCCAUAUCCAUGCCUCAUGCCCAUCCGCAUGCCCAUAUCCAUGCCUCAUGCCCAUCCGCAUGCCCAUAUCCAUGCCUCAUGCCCAUCCGCAUGCCCAUAUCCAUGCCUCAUGCCCAUCCGCAUGCCCAUAUCCAUGCCUCAUGCCCAUCCGCAUGCCCAUAUCCAUGCCUCAUGCCCAUCCGCAUGCCCAUAUCCAUGCCUCAUGCCCAUCCGCAUGCCCAUAUCCAUGCCUCAUGCCCAUCCGCAUGCCCAUAUCCAUGCCUCAUGCCCAUCCGCAUGCCCAUAUCCAUGCCUCAUGCCCAUCCGCAUGCCCAUAUCCAUGCCUCAUGCCCAUCCGCAUGCCCAUAUCCAUGCCUCAUGCCCAUCCGCAUGCCCAUAUCCAUGCCUCAUGCCCAUCCGCAUGCCCAUAUCCAUGCCUCAUGCCCAUCCGCAUGCCCAUAUCCAUGCCUCAUGCCCAUCCGCAUGCCCAUAUCCAUGCCUCAUGCCCAUCCGCAUGCCCAUAUCCAUGCCUCAUGCCCAUCCGCAUGCCCAUAUCCAUGCCUCAUGCCCAUCCGCAUGCCCAUAUCCAUGCCUCAUGCCCAUCCGCAUGCCCAUAUCCAUGCCUCAUGCCCAUCCGCAUGCCCAUAUCCAUGCCUCAUGCCCAUCCGCAUGCCCAUAUCCAUGCCUCAUGCCCAUCCGCAUGCCCAUAUCCAUGCCUCAUGCCCAUCCGCAUGCCCAUAUCCAUGCCUCAUGCCCAUCCGCAUGCCCAUAUCCAUGCCUCAUGCCCAUCCGCAUGCCCAUAUCCAUGCCUCAUGCCCAUCCGCAUGCCCAUAUCCAUGCCUCAUGCCCAUCCGCAUGCCCAUAUCCAUGCCUCAUGCCCAUCCGCAUGCCCAUAUCCAUGCCUCAUGCCCAUCCGCAUGCCCAUAUCCAUGCCUCAUGCCCAUCCGCAUGCCCAUAUCCAUGCCUCAUGCCCAUCCGCAUGCCCAUAUCCAUGCCUCAUGCCCAUCCGCAUGCCCAUAUCCAUGCCUCAUGCCCAUCCGCAUGCCCAUAUCCAUGCCUCAUGCCCAUCCGCAUGCCCAUAUCCAUGCCUCAUGCCCAUCCGCAUGCCCAUAUCCAUGCCUCAUGCCCAUCCGCAUGCCCAUAUCCAUGCCUCAUGCCCAUCCGCAUGCCCAUAUCCAUGCCUCAUGCCCAUCCGCAUGCCCAUAUCCAUGCCUCAUGCCCAUCCGCAUGCCCAUAUCCAUGCCUCAUGCCCAUCCGCAUGCCCAUAUCCAUGCCUCAUGCCCAUCCGCAUGCCCAUAUCCAUGCCUCAUGCCCAUCCGCAUGCCCAUAUCCAUGCCCAUGGGCUCGUCCAGCCAUUCGUAUGUGAGGAAGCGGAUGGAGGGGUCCAGGGGAGGCUGGGGGUACGUGACUGGGGGUGGGGGGGAUGGCGGAGGAGGGGGUGGAGGAGGGGGGGAAGGUGGAGGGGGAGAUGGAGAAAGGGGAAAUGGAGGUGGGGGGGAUGGAGGUGGGGGGGAUGGGGGAGAAGGAGGUAAGGGGGGGGAAGGGGAGAAUGGGGGGUGUGGUGGUGAUGGCGGGGGUGGUGGUUUUGGGGGAGGUGGUGAUGGUGGUGAUGGUGGUGGUGGUGACGGUGGUGGUGGUUUUGGUGGUGGUGGUCUAGGUGGUGGUGGUGCUGGCGGUGGUGGUGGUGACGGUGGUAACGUUGCUGCAGCAGCAGCGGCGGCAGCAUUAGAAGCAGCAACAGCCGUCUGUGCAAGGGUGGUGGCGUGGGAGCGGGCAGCCUGGCGAAUGCGGGCGUGCAGGGCGGAGUAG